AUGUAUUAUGAAAGAUGUAGAUGUUCCGAAUUUGUUCUUGGGGUUCAAAGUUAUUCCUUAAGAACAAAGAGAACAAAAAUAAAAUAUAAAAAUAAAAAAUGUAAAGGGGCUGAGGAGUUGAAUUUUAGUGUGGAUAUGUGUGAACAGGAAUAUAUAAAUAAAAAUGUAUCAUCUUGUUAUUAUAGUUAUGAAAAUGAAUAUAAUAAUAUAGCUAGUAAAUUUGAAAAAAUAAAAAAGUUAAGUCAUCCAAAUAUAUGUACAUAUUAUCAUAUGAGUAGAACAAAUAACAAUUAUAUUUUAUGUUCUGAAUAUUAUACUUUAUCUUUAUAUGACCUUUUGAAUGAUGAAGAUAUUAAUUGUGUAAAUUUUAAAUGUUUUAAAAAAAUAUUUAACAAAAAAAUAUAUAAUAAAAAUAAAAAUAUAUAUAAGAUAUAUAAUAAUAUAAAGCAUCCUAUAUAUAAUAAUAAUAAUAAUAAUAAUAAUAUUAAUACGAUUGAUAAGAAAGGAAAGAAAAAAAAAAUUAUUGAUAGUAUCAUUUUAAAUAAUAUUAUUUAUCAAAUAUUAAGUGCUGUUCAAUAUUUACAUUCGCACGAUAUUACUUUUUUAAAUCUUACACCACAUAAUAUUUUAAUUACAGAUGAAGGACAUAUAAAAUUACAUAAUUAUUGUAUAUCUUAUUUGUUUCAUAAUAUAGAUUAUCCGUUUACUUAUAAAGAAAAUAAACAUGUUCAUUAUUUUAAAAAUAAAUUAAAUGACCAUAUCAUAUCCAAAAAUGAAAUGUAUGAAGAACAAACAAAUAAUAAUAAUUAUUUGGAUAAAUUAUUAACUGGUCAGAAAAAAAAAAAUUACAAAAUUAAUAAUCACAUGAUUUUAUAUAUUGAUCAAUAUUUUAAAUAUUACAAUUUUUCACAUAACAUAUUAUACCAUGUUCCAUUCUUAUUGUUUUUUAAUUUAUUGCAGAAUGAAAAUAUACACUUUAUAUAUGAUGUGUAUAGACAUAUAGAUAUUUUCAACAUAGGAAUUAUAAUAAUUCAAAUCGUAAAUGGAUUAUUAAACUUUUCAUUCAUCUUAGAAAACUUUAUUUACUUUUAUCAUCUCCAAAAACUUACUAACUUAUCAUAUGAUGAUCAUCGUGCAAAGGAAUAUAAACAAACUAAAAAAUGUAUUAACAAUAAACUAAAGGAUAUAACAAAUAAAUUUAAACAAAAUGAUAUAAACUCCUUUAGUGAUUCAGCUUUAUAUAUCAAACCAAAAAUAUUACCUUCGAAAGAAAAAAGAAAAACUAUAAAUAUAAAAGGUAGUCAUACAUAUAAACAUAAAACAAAUCAACAAAUACAUAAUGAAAAAAACAAUCAAACCAUGAAAAAAAAAAAAAUUAACCGUGAACCUUAUAUAAAAAAAAAAAACAAAAUUAAUAAAGAACAACACACUAUUGAACAAAUAUAUCAACAUGCUUUAUUGCUUAGAAGAAAAAUAGUUGAUAUUCAAGAAGAAAAAAAAACAAAUAAUAAAUAUAUCAAAACGAAUUAUACAAACAAUGUAAAAACCAAACAAACAAACAUAUUAACUAAAAAAAAAAAUGCUAUAGAUUCUUCUAAAAAUGAAGUUAUUUCCUCUACAAGUUUUAAUAUAAGUGAAAAUAACAAGUUUAAGUUUUUCUUUUUUAAGACAUCUGAAAAAAAUGAUACUUUAUUUAAAAUACAAAAUGUUUUUAUCCUCAUAAUAUACAUAAAAUUAUUUUAUAUUUAUUAUUAUUUAAAAUAUUAUAAAAAUAAAAAAAAUAAAGAAAUAAGCCUAUUAAACGUAAAUAUACAGGACAUAUUCAAAAGGCUAUGUAAACACAAAUUAAAUAAAUAUUCUUAUCAAUCAAAAUACAGACAUCACAUAAAUAAAUUGAAAAGAAAAAGUUAUAAUAACAUCAUAUAUGAAAUAAUAAAAAAUAUGAUUGAAUAUUUUCUAAAUUGUAAAGUAAAUAUUUCUUUUAUUAAACUUAUUGAAAAUAUGUACUCCGAAUUUUUUACUAUUCAUUUAUUAAAAUCGAAUUUAAGAAAUAUAUUUUAUUCUGAUCAAAAUAAACAAAACGGAAAUGAAAAAACGUUAUUUCUAAAUCUUUUACAUAAGUGUUUAUUAUUAAAUAACUUUCAAUGUACCUCAACAUCUUUGUUAUCUCAUUAUUAUUUUUUUUAUAAUGUUAAUAUUAAUAAACAUAAAAAUUGUUUAGAAAUAAAUUAUACAGGAAAAGAUACUUUUAAUAUUCCGACAAAUAUGUCACUAUUAGAAAAUACAACUAUCACAAAUGAAAAUAUGUUAAUGAAUAAGGUUAAUCGUAUAAAUAAUAUUAUAGCGAAUGCAUGUACAAGUCAUAUUAAUACAACUAACCAUUUUCAAAAUAUUUCCCAUAAUAAUAACAAUAAUAAUAGUGAUUUAUAUUUUAAUUCUAAUAUUAAAAAUGAUAAUCAAAACAUUACAGAUAAAAAAAAUAAUAACAUAAUUAUAAAUAACGAAUCGAAACAUAUAUUUAAUCAUAUCUUAUUAAAUCAAAAUUAUGAUAAUAUAACUUUUAAUUCACACAUCGUUAGGGAAAUACCACCUGAACGUGUUCAGGAAAUAAAUAAAUUAAGCCAAGAAGAGCUAGCCAAAAAAAAUUAUUACAAUCCAUAUUUGGUGGAUUAUCUUUUAAAUGUAAGUAAAUGGAAUGAAUGGAAAGAUAAAUAUUUUAUAAAUAAAAAGGAUAUAUUUUAUUGGUUUCAAAUGUUAUAUAAUAUAAAUUAUAAUGAAGAAUUAAUGAAUGUUAAUUCAUUUCUUAAGUCUCCUAAUAUAUUAAAAAUACCAUAUGUACUUUAUAAGAGGAAAGAUGGGACAUAUAAUGACAUGUCACUUUUUUCUUUUUACAAAUUGUAUCUUUUAAAAAAAUAUGACAGUAAUAUAUUAUUUAACGUUUAUGAAAAUGUAUCAACUUUUAAAAAAAUAUCAAAAGGAAAAUAUAAGAAUAUCAAAAAGAUAAUAAAAAAUGAAAUUAAUUAUAUCAAAGGGAGUGAAAAAAAAAGUGUAUACACAUGUGUACAAAGAAAAAAGUGUGGAAAUGAUAAAGAAAUUAUAUAUAUAAGUACCUAUAAACUUUUGAAAAAUAAGAGAUUCACAAUUUUCAAAAAUAACAUGUUUAAAAAAUAUAUGUGCAUGUCAAACAACGAUGGUGAUAUUUCCGACGAAAUAAAUAAAAAAAAAGAAAUAACUGAAUUAUGGGAGAAUAAAAAAAAAAUACAUGUAUAUGAACAGGAAUAUAAUAUAACAAAGAAAGGAAGAAAAAGAAAAAGAAAGAAAAAAAAAAAAAAAAGAAUUCCUUUAUGGGAAAAUAAAAAUGUAGUAACUCAAAGUAAUAAUAAAAAUAAAAGUAUAAAUAAUUAUACCCUUGAAAAAACAGAUAAUAUUUACAAUUCUUAUAAUGAAUAUGAUACUAUAAAUUAUAAUUAUGAUGAUGAUUUAUUUAUCUCUUCCAAUUUUUUUAAUAUUUCCUUUAAUAUUAAUAAUAAACAUUCAUAUCCUUUAUUUAAUGACUACAACCUAAAUACGGUUGGAAUAUAUUUAAACGAAUUUUAUGAAAUAAUAAAAGAUGCUUAUUCAUUUAUUAGGAAAAAUGAGAAUUCUAUAAAUCAUAAAUCAAGUUGUAUUUAUACAAAUAGUUUUUUUUUUAUUUAUCAAUUUAAAUUACAUAUUAAAUAUAACGAAUUAUUAAAAUUUAAUCCUCUUGAUACCUUAACAUUAAUUAAAGAAAUAAAAUCAGGUUACCCAUGUAAUAUGAGGAAUGUUAUUUAUUUAAUUUUACUUAAUUAUAAUUACCAUAUCUUAUUAAAAAAAUCAUAUGAAAAAAAAGAAAAAAUCAAAGAUCAAAUUGGUUGUAUAUUAAUUUCUAAAAAUAAACAUCUAGACAAAAAUGAAAUAAUAAUUUAUUCAAAUAAUAGUAAUGUAAAGUAUUGUAUGUAUUCAAAAAAAUAUAAUUAUAAACAUAAUAAUAAUAAUAAUAAUAUAUUAUUAUUAUUUAAUAUAUUUAAAGACAAAUGGAUACAUGAUAAUGAUCUUAUUGGUAGUUUGAAAUUUCAAAAAAAGUUAAUAAACUUAUUAAUAUUAAUAAAUAUAAAAUUAAAUAUUCAGAAUAAAUAUUUGAAAUAUUUAUUUAUUCCAAUUAUUUUAUUAUAUUAUAAUAAUAUAUAUAUAAGUUAUAAAUGUAUAAAGAAAAUUUUGCAAAAAUAUUUAAUAGACUUUUAUAAAAAUAUUUAUUAUAGGAAUGAAUAUAUAUAUAUUUUUAAUAGUCUUUUAAAUUAUUAUCUUCCGGAAUUAUCCAUGUGGUUUUUUAAGAAUAAUAUAAAUAUAAUCAAAAUUAUAAAAAGUUGGAUAUACUCUUUAUUUUGUGCCUUUUUUGAUUUACAAAAUAUUUAUUUAUUAUUAGAUAAUAUCUUAAUACAACCAUCGUCAUAUAUAAUAUUUAUUUGUAUUAGUAUAUUAAUGUAUUUGAAAAAAUAUCUUAUGAAUAUUACAACAAAUAAAAAUAUAUACAAAAAAGUUUUUUCCUUAUCAAAAUUAAUUAAUCUGAAUUUUAUAUUAAAUACUUCACGUACUCUUUUUGAAAGGUGUCCUAAAUAUUAUCUUCUAUUUCCGUUCCAUUUACAAAUAGAAGGAUCAUAUAUGAAUGAAAAAUCAAUAUUAUUUGAUAAAGGAGGUAAUGAAAAUAUAAGUAAUCAUAUAAAUUACAUAUCUCAUUUAAUUAGUGAUAAAAAAUGGAUUAGAUAUUAUGUUCAUAGAUAUACCUUUAAAAUAUAUAUCAAAAAAAAAAAUAAAAUCAAAAAUAAAAAUAAAAAUAAAAAAUUUAUAUGUAUUAAUAACAAGACAUCUUUUAUCCAUAUGGACUACAAAACGGCAGAUACAAAUGAAAUUAAUAAUAAUAAUAAUAAUAAUAAUUACACAAAUGAGUCAUUUAAAGUUUUUGAAAAAAGUUAUAAAUCAAAUGAAUCAUUAAAGCUAAAAAAUUAUUAUAAAUACUUUUUAAAAUGUUAUAAAACAAAUAAACAAAAAAAAAAUGUAAAUGAAUUCAUUUAUUAUAAAAAGGGGAAUUUAAAAAAUUGUGAACAAGGAAAGACAAAGGUAAAUAAACAAAAAAAUAAAAUAAAAAAUAAUAAUAUAUAUAAUAAUGGGAUAGCCAAAAAUGUGAACAGUCAUAAUAAUAUGAAUAAUUCAUAUCAUGAGCUAGCCAAAAAUAUAUACAAUAAAAAUAAUAUAUAUAAUACAUAUUAUGAACUAGCCAAAAAUAUGAACAAUAAAAAAAAAAAAAAAAAAAAAAGGUUUAAAAAUGUGGACAUAGUUAAAUUGAGUAAUUUCCCAAUUUUCCCAUUUCUUGAUAUAAGACAUAUAUUAAAUGAUUUCUGUAUAGAUGAUUAUAUAAUAGUUGAUAUGCGUUCUCUAGAAAACUUUAAAAAAAAAAAAUUUAAAUCAUCUGUACAUGUUAAUACAUUUUUAAUUAACUUAAAAAAAGGCACAUAUAAGAAUUACAUUGAUGAUAUAUCAUAUGAUGAAAAUUUGACAUUGAAGACUAUUCUUCUCGUAUUUAAUAAUUCGAUAUUAGAUUAUGAUGCUAUAUAUAAUUUUUUAAAUUUAAAAAUAAAAUAUAUAACUAUAUUAUGUGGUGGAUUUACAAACGCCUUGAGUAUCUUACCCGCAACAUAUUUUACAUAG